GGUGUUGCGUUAUCCAUGCAUGUGCAAGGCAGCGAAUGGGAGCGCGCCACGUGUGAUCCCUUGGCGUGGAGCCCGCCGCUGCGUCGUCCACAGCCAUGGAAAAAUACUAGGGGCAAGCGGCAGCCAUGGAUUGCUGCCCACCCAAUCCACCUCUCUCUCUCUCUCGUGCAGCUCAGGCAGCAGCCACGUACAUCCCUCUCUCUCACUUCUUGUGCCAAGCACGCGGCACCACCAGCCACCGGAGGAGGAGGAGAAGGAGUUUGGGCGGGCGGCCGGUCGGAGCAGCAGCGGGAGGAGGCGGCUGCAGGAUGCCACGGCGAGCAGGGGCUUGUUGUUGAUGCGAGAUUCCCAAUGGCGUCGCGCAGCGCCGCGCUCUGCUUCUCCGCCGCCGUCACCAGCACCACGGCCACCGGCGGCGGCGGCAGGGGCAGGAGCCGGAGGCGCUUCUUGGUCGUCUGCUGCGACGGCGGCCGGAGAUCCGACCUGCUCUCUUCCUCCCUCGCGGCCAAGGUGCUGGGCGCGCCGACGACCUUCGACGCGGCGAAGCUGACGGUGCAGUACGCCGGCGCCGGUGAGGCGUUCCCGAGGGCCUACACGCUGAGCCACUGCGACUUCACCGCGAACCUGACGCUGGCGGUGUCGGAGACCAUCACGAGCGAGCAGCUGCGGCGGUGGGGGUGGCGGCGCGACGACGUCUUCGCCGAGUGGAAGGAGAUGACCUGCACCGGCGGGCCGGGCGGAGGGGAGAUGACGCUGCACCUGCACUGCCACGUCAGCGGGCCGAACCCGCUGCAGGAGCUGGCCGCUGGGUUCCGCUACUACGUCUUCUCCAAGGAGCUGCCGCUGGUGCUCAAGGCCGUGGUGCACGGCGACGCCGCCCUCUUCGCCGCCCGGCCCGAGCUCAUGGACGCCAGGGUGUGGGUGCACUUCCACUCCUCCUCCCGCAAGUACAACCGCAUCGAGUGCUGGGGCGCCCUCCGCGAGGCCACCAAGAGGAGUCUGCUGGACGGGGGGCUCGUCGACGAGCUCCAGAGCGAGAUCACCGAGAGACGAAGGACAUGGAACAUAUUCAACACCCUCGUCUCGUUUCUGCUAUGAUCGGGUCUCCGAUCCGGUAAUGCGGUCCGGGUAACAUUGAGAAAGAUUUGAGAGAUAGGGCGCGAAAGAGAGAAAGAAAGAAUCAUGCUUUCAUUUCAUUCUUUUGCUCUGUCUGGUCAUUCUUUGCAUUGCCUUGGCAAGAGAGGAGGAACUCUAGACACCAUUCUUCAAUUCUUGAGAUGUACAUUACCAACCAAAGUGUUCACCUUGUUAAGCAAGCAUUUCACCCCCUGUUUAUCUAAUGUUUACGACAUUUGCUGAUUUGAUUUUGAUUAUUGUUCUUCA